CUGUGUGUCUAUGUCUGUGUCUGCCUGCAUGUCUGUGUGUGUUGAUUCAUGCAGUGAAGGGAGUGCUGGUGAAGGGUGGGACUCUGACACACACUUCAUCAUACCAUUCAGGUGAGACUGUGUUUAUAAAGCAGCAGCCAGGCACACAGUUGAACCAAGACAAAGAGGACUGCCAGAAUUUGUCAUAGAAGAAAUACAACAUGAGAAUACUUUUGCUUGUAGCUGCCAUAGCUGCUGUAUCGCAGGCCCAGACUGACUGCUCCAGAGGGGCUUGUUACCCACCCAGCAAUGACCUGCUCCUGGGCAGGGCUCACCAGCUCCAUGCCUCUUCCACCUGCGGCCUCAUUGGCUCUGAGGUCUACUGCACCCCAUACCUACAGUUGAAGAUGAAGUGUUGUACAUGUGACUCCCAGAACCCCAACACUCAGCUGGCCCACACUGUCCAGGAUGUCCUGUCCACUUCUGGACCAAAUAGAUGGUGGCAGUCGAGGAAAGAGGUGAGUCCAGUCACCCUCCAGUUGGACCUUGACAACCUGUUCCAGCUUGACCACCUAGUGCUCAACUUUAAGGGUCCUCGUCCCAAUGCCUUGGUUAUAGAGAAGACACUGGAUAAGGGCAGGAAAUGGCAGCCUGCCCUCUACUUGGCUACCGACUGUCAAAAAGCUUUUCCUGGUGUUCAUACAACAGCGCCUCUUACCAUGGAUGAUACGUUCUGCUACACACUGCCCCCUGCUGGAGCCAACCCAUACCAAGAUCACACAAUUGAAUUCAAUCCAUUGCGUCAGUAUACUUAUGUCCCAGCUCCCAACAGCCAAAAAAUUGAAGAUGUGUCUGGGUUGACGGGGCUGAGGGUGAGGCUGACGGAGCUGGGUGAUGUGCCACGUCUACCAGGCAGGGCCCUCAGUAGGUUCUAUGCCCUGAAGGAGAUGAAGGUGAUGGGCAGCUGUAUGUGCCAUGGGCAUGCCAACAGAUGUCUCCCAGAAGCCUACAACAACCCACUGUCCAGUGCCAUACAGGUGAAUCCUCUGUGUGAUUGCCAGCAUAACACAGCAGGUGUGAACUGUGAGCGUUGUGCUGAUCUCUACAAUGAUCUCCCCUGGAGACCUGCAGAGGAGGGAAAUACUCACACCUGCAAACGAUGUGACUGCAACAACCAUGCCCAGCGCUGUCGUUUUGACCAGGCAGUGUAUGAGGCCAGUGGACGGAGGAGUGGAGGUGUGUGUGAGGAUUGUAUGCAUCACACCACAGGGCCAAAGUGUGACCAGUGUGCACCAGGCUACCAACCAAACCCUCGCAGCAGAAUGGAUCGCCCUGAUGCCUGCAUCCGCUGUAUCUGCAGUGCUGAAGGGACUGUAAAUGGGGGCCGCUGUGAUGACAGCACAGGCUCAUGUUUAUGUAAAGUCAACGUUGAAGGUCCCCGCUGUGACCACUGUAAGAGAGGCUACUACGGCCUGAGCGGCUCCAAGCCUCUGGGCUGCUCCAAGUGUUCCUGUUUCAUAGAUGGGUCACUCUCAGAUGUUUGCGACCCAGUGACCGGUCAGUGUCCCUGUCGCCCCCACUUCCAUGGCCUGAAUUGUGAAGUGUGUUCAAAAGGCUACUGGAAAUCGUUCCUGUCAGGACGCUGUGAACCCUGCAGCUGUGACUCCACUAGAUCGUACAGUGAUACUUGUGACCAGGAGACAGGUCAGUGUCAGUGCAGACCAGGCUUUGGAGGCCGAAGAUGUACUGAGUGCCCAGAGAACACAUACGGAAACCCUCUUGUAGGCUGCCAACCAUGUCAGUGUGAUACUGAAGGAACGCUUCCAGAGGUUUGUGACAAGAAGACAGGAGCCUGUUCAUGUAAGCCAGGCGUCACAGGGACACAUUGCGACACCUGCAGCCAGGGACACUGUGACUCCUUCCCUGCCUGCGAGAUGUGUCCCUCCUGCUUCUUCACCCUGGACGCACAGAGACAAAAUUUCAGUUUAGCUCUGGAGAGAUUCUCCUCCCGCUUCCCCUCUCGUCCUGGAGGUGCUGGUGAUCUUGGGAACUUUGGGCCUCGCAUCUUGGCCCUGGAGUCAAGCCUGGUCCUGAUUCGGAACUCUGUCUCCCUUCCACCCACUACUGCUAAACAGAUCAAUGAUGCUCUGUCCUUGCUGGACAAGCUCAGGGACCAGGUCGACAAAGCUAAUGAUGACCUUUCACCCCUCGUGAGAACUCCUGAUCUGGACUCAGACCUUAACAAAUUGAAGGCUCUGCUGGACAGCCUCACUGUGAUGUACGAAGCCAAGAAAGAUGCCAUGACGAACAUCAUCAGUCCCACCGACACUGGACGAUUUUCUGCCAUCAAGAACGCCUAUGAUCAGUCAACAGAUGCAGCUAAGAAAGUAGAAGCCAGUGGAAACACAAUGAAUAAGUCAGCUGAUGUCAGAGAGGAGACCAUGGACCUUCAAAACCAAGUACAGCCAGCCAACACCAGAGAUCUAGACAAACUAAACCAGAAUAUGGCCUCCAGACCAGACCUGACUCCUGUUGCCAAACAGGUAUGUGGCAGUGAUCGCUCAGAGCCCUGUACCCCUCUCCAGUGUGAAGGUAGAGAGCUGUGUCCACCAGAGGGAACCACAACUUGUGAAAAGCAAGAGCAAAUGUGUGUGGGCGCUCUCCCUUUGAGCAAGAGGGCAGAUGCUGAUGCUAAGGAUGUGAAGGACCAAUUGAACAAGCUCACAAGGAACAUCACAGACACUGCAGAGAAGCUUCAAGAAGUACAAGAUGCAACUAAUCAGGUGAGGCAGUCUGCAGAGAAGCUCUCCAAUAAGAUGAAGCAGACCAGAGAUGGACUAGAAGAAGACUUAAAAGAGACACGUGACAUUGUGAAAGAGCUUAAAGACUUCCUGUCAGACCCAUCAUCCAACCUGACGCAGAUCCAGGAGGUGAGUGACUGGAUCCUGAAUGCCAAGUUGCCCCUCAGCCUGGCUGCCCUGAAGAAGAAGCUGGACGAGCUGAAGAGUCUGUCUGCAAAUCUACCGGACAGCACAGCUGUGUUGAAGGAGGCUGAGCCACAGCUGGACAUGGCCAAGAAACUGCUGCAGGAAGCCCAGGAUGCCAGGGACACUGCGCUGAGCGUAAAGGCCGAUGUGGACGAACUGCUGGAGGGUUUCAGCUCAGUGGAGGAGUCUGUCUCUGGCCUGGAGGACAAACUGCAGAACAUCACGGAUCUCAUACACAACCUCAACGACAGCCUGACUAAGGCCAUGGACCAGCUGGCCCCAGCAGAGAAGGCUCUGGACGAUGUAUCAACACUGAUAAAGCCAAUGAAACCUCAACUGGGCAAGCUCAAAGACUUGCUGCAGAAAGCAGACCAGCAGGCCCAAGAUGCACAGGAAAAUGCAGGCAAGGCUGAGGAUGAAGCAGGUGCUGCAAAUGAGGACUUGUUGUCGCUGGAAAAGCUGCUGGAUCGUCUUAAAGAUCAGGCUGCAGCCAGUGGGACUGGUGGAGAGGCGGGCCCGGUUGGGGAUCGACUAGCGAAGCUGCAACAGGAUGCGGGAACUCUGGCCAACACCACUGAAAACAUGACGAACGCUCUGGAAGAUAAAGCAGAUACCCUGAGGUUGCUUCAGGAUGAGAUCCUUGAGAAGUCAACAAGGCUUGACGGACUUGAUGCAAAACUUAAAGAGCUUCUGGCAAAACUUCGAAAGAAAGCUAAGGACCUCAGCACCUGCCAGGGCUGAAAGUCUCCAUGCUGUCCUCAGAGCAGCCUCUGCAGCCACUGUCACUCCGGCUCUUCACACCAGCCUUCCACACUAUUAACAGCUUCUACUAUAACAUAUACUAUAACAUAUCAUAAACUUAAUGUAUGUGUAAACACCAUUUGCAGUAAAACACCUUAUAUAGGUAUAUGUCAAUAUUUGGUGAAAAUAUUGUGAUCUUGGAGCUUGACUAUAUUUUUCCUAGGCAGUUUUGCAAAGAGCCAACACUAUUUUUCAUUUCUCGGCAGCCAUACACUCAACUGUGACCAGUACACCACAAUUACUGUACUAUCCAGAACUAGAGAAAGGGUGAAUUUUAUUUUAUUCAAUAUGUUCUUUGCAUCUGUUGUUUGUGCAGAAUCUACGGUAUUUAAAUAAAAACUAGUUAAUACUUUGAUUUGUGGCAUAAAGCUUAGUGAGAGAAAGUCUGCAGCUAUUCAUUUCAAGACAAGCAGAAUCAGAAAGACUAGUUCCUACAUAUUUAUUGAGAAAAUAAUAUAAAAAAAAACAUUAUGUUGCUACAUUUGUGAAUUCGGAACCAUGCAUGAUAUCACUAGCAUUUACAACAGCUUAUGGCACUUGAUGAAUUCAGCUGUUUAACAAGACAAGCAACUUAGGUUCAGAUUACAGAAAACAUGGCAAACACCUGGCUGGUUUGCCCUGUUAUUUAUGAGAUUACGUUAAAUUUAGUCUCAAAAAUAUCUCUGGAUUUAUUGUAGCUAUAAUCCAUCAAAGUAAUCCAGUAUAAAGGAUAAAAUAAAAAAUCUCCUUAAAGACAUGACUGCAGUUUUGGAGUCUGAAAAACUCAUCAGCUUUAUAAAACUUAAAAGCCAUCAGAGUUCAAAGUAAAGACAUGUCAAAUAGGAAUUGCACUGCAUAUGUCACCUGAAUCUACUCAAAACAAAUACAUGUACAUUUUAAUGGCACAUGGUGACAUG